AUGACAGGAAAGUUCGAAACAAAGGAAGAAAUUCUAAAGUGGAAAUACCGUGGAAAGAUAAAAGCAAAAUCUGAAAAUGAUUUUGUGAAAAAGCAUCCUGUUAAGACUCCCAAGGAAGGUGAAAAGGAUCUGGAGGAGAAAGAAUAUAUGAGCAGUCCAAUUAGGAUCAAAAUUAAUGCAGAAGAUUAUUUUACUUCUAGCUUCCUUAAACUGCCAGUCAAAAAGGAAAUUCUUCCUACAAAAUUCAGUUUUGACAGUAAGGCUGAUAUGCCAUACGAUAAAAUGUGGAAAAUCUAUUCAGAAACGAAAAAAAGCCCCUCUUCGUCAACCACGAGAAAUAUGCGUAAAGUAGCACAAUACUGUAUUAUAAACACACUGCACUGUCAAGAGCUUUUGGUAAACCAAAGUAUAAUAAAUGAUUAUAGAGAAGUUGUCUCCAUAGCUUAUGUUUCUCUUUUCGACACAUAUUAUCGUGCAAAUAGAAUGAAGGUACGGAACCUUCUCAGCGCAUGUGCUAUCAAACGAGAUAUGGUAAUUAGUACAAAACUUCCUGAAGACAUAGAAAAAGGGAAAUAUCCUGGUGCGUAUAUAUUUCCACCUAAAAAAGGUAUCAUGACAGAAAGACCUGUAACAG